CGCGUUUCUGAACCCUUUGGCUUUCCACAUUGCAUCCAGUUCCCUGAUCCAGGCGCGUGCAGCAGUUCUUGACCGUGUUACAGUUAUGAAUGUGACUUGGCGAUAUGGAGUUGAUGUCUAACCAAAAACGGUCUCAAGGAGACAAAAGCCCUAAAACUGAGACAAGUAGAAGUCAGUGUGCUGGAGGACAUAGCUCCUCUGAUGGUUCUUCUGUUUACUUAACUCUCACUGAAAACCAUCCAAACGUGUCCUCAGAGAGUUCACUGUCUCCACAUCCCCUGGACGUACCUUCCCCAGAGAUCAGCCCCAGUCUCUCAGAUGGCUGGACUCAAGACAUUAGUUGUGAUUAUGUUAAAAAGAGCAGAACUCACGACUGUGUGAUGGGAAUUACACCAGAUAACUCAGUAAGUCCAGAGAACGGAGAUCAAGCAUGGACACCAGCCACGUGUCAUCACUCCAGGCUUGUUAACAGUGCUAGCUUUCCUGGAUUUGGUGCAACUCAUUGGUUGCUACAUGAAAAUCAGAAUACAUCUGCCAGCAACCGGGAAAUCAUUGAUUACCGCAAUCUGACACCUCAAGUGCCGUUUGUGCCUUCCAUCGCCAAGUCCAUUCCAAAGAAAAGGAUCUUUCUUAGGAAGCCCAAAAAGGCAAUCAAAGACCUUUUCAUCCACAAAAAGCACAAUAGCGAGAAAGCGACGUCACCAUGUACACCAUGCCGUGAAUAUGGACCAACAACAACAACAACAACAAAAAAAAAGAAAUCUUCAAGAUGCCGUGAAUCCAGGACUUCUCGCAAAAUGAAUGAUACACUUUCCGACUCCUCGAGUGAAGGAUGCUCUAAUGUAUGCGAGGACGCUGUGUCACUGAAAAGUUUUGGCUCUCAAGCCGGUUGUGGAGAGAUAUUUGCAGAUGAGGAAUACCUUGUCUCUCUUGAAGGGAUGCCAAAACUUAAAACAAACAGGGAUAUCGGCGAAACUCCAAAGCGAAGUCCUGUUGCCUUUCAGGGAGGCUUGGAGCAGCUAGCAUCACCUGCUCAUCCUGAAGUCUUGGACUUGUUUGGAAUGUGGGAGACCAUCAAUAGGACUGUUCUUUUUAGUCAAAGUUCAAGCCAAGAAACAAAUACAAGCUCUACACCAAUUUCUAUAUCACUGUCCUCAAACAAAACGGCGUAUCCCAUUGAGAACGUUACGAGCAAAAAUACGACAGAGCAAGAAAAUAGUCUGAAUCACACAAUGACACCAAAAAGUGAGAACCAAGAAAGCACCAGCGAUGAAGGUUACUUUGAUUGUAUUUCUACUGAAGAUCACAGUGGGCAAUCUCUAACACCAAUUUUUUCCAGAAAAUUCCCUAGGGACACAUACAGUGGAGAUGCUCUCUAUGAGCUAUUUUAUGACCCUAGUGAGGCUGAAAUGACCCCCAUUUUUGAUGAUGAAAUGGAUCUACCGAGUACCGUUAUUGGCCAGCCAAGUCCAGACCUCCCAUUAUCCAUGUACAGCUUCCAUAUUGGAUCAGAAGAGAACCUGGCACCUCCUCUAUCAGUAGACCUCAUUAGCCAAGACUUUCUGCAGAGUAACUGGGUAGGGAAGGACUGCUUACUGAAGCUUUGUGAUACAGAAAUUUCCAUGGCUAUGGGUAUCGUCAACUGGAUGAAACAUAGGACAAUCAAGGUUAACCAGGCAGAGUUGGGAACUCCAGGUAUUAGGACUGGCGAUAAUGGAGAUGUAUGCCAAGAAGAAAAAGUUCAAACAACGGAUCUUGGACAUGCCCCAAAUAAGGCAGUUCUGAGGACUGCGCAUAGUAGAGAGAACAUAACUGACCUUAAAUUGAGCAGACCAUGUCAAGGAGAUGUUGGUCAUCUGUCAGUGGAUACAGUGAAACACCACACUGGAGUGGUUACAACACCCGAGAGCCAACCCAGGACCCCAUCAAGUCAUGUAUGCUUCCGGAUAUUCAAUAUCAACUCACCAUCAACACCCAACAAGGAUUUGGAGUCUCCCAUAGGACGUUCUCCUGGCUCUGGAACGGGUUCCUUGUUUGUGCUGGCCAUAAACAAAGAAUCUCUUUGUGAAUCUUGCAAGGGGUCCCUGAAAUGUGGUGCCAAGGAGUUGCACUUGUGCCAUUCGUGUACCUCCUUCAUUGAGCAAAUAAAGACGUCAGAGUUGUGGCCUCAUGCCGAUCUUUACCAAGCUAAGCUUGCAGGAAGUCCACAAGCAUUGCUUCCUUCUCCAAGCAGCAGUUGCGGUAUAGCAAGUGACAUCAGUAUUCUUUCGCUAGUCGAGCAGUGUGCUAAUCAGAUGUCCUCGUUGAAGCUUAACCAGCGUCAACAUCUUUCUGAUCGUGAAACGAGAGCCAUCACCAAUCAAGGCAGUGAUAACUAUCCGAGGAAAGAUCGUACUAGGAAGUACGUCAAGCCCAAGAAGAAAGGCAAUGUAACAGGAAAAGUGGGUGACAAUACAAAUGUUAAAGACAGUUUCAACCAUGUUGCAUGUAGUCCGUCCCUACUGGAGAUGAAGAGGCUUGGCCUUGUCACAACCCACGGAUCAGACAAUUUAGUUCUGGAAACAUACAAGAGUCCUUGCUAUCUACAAACUAAUCCGAUCAAGGACACUGACGUAUCUCAAGCUUCAAGGCCGACUUCCCUUCCUCUCACAAGUGCUACCUCCUCUCGGUUCUCUAAAAAAGAGCAGCGCAAUGCCAUCAAAGUCAAAGAAAAAACGUGCGAAAGAUUGCGACGAGACCGGAAACCAGCAGUGACCGGGGAUGGUUCAUCAGACAGUGUCACCUCAGAGGAGAAGAAGAUGGAACGAAGGUGCAGGAUGAAGAAAUAAAGCAGGUGCUAUGUUGUCCACUUACAGUUAUGACAGUGUUUUUCAAUCUAGUCUUCAGGAACCGCACAUAUAGUUCACAUUUCACACCUGAACCAGUUUUUUAGGGUUCUUGAUAAGAAAGCAAAGAUGAGGACUAUUGGGAGUCCCAGAAGAUUUGACCUUUCAGUCAGUAACCCAGCACCUUAUCCUCAGAGCCACCACUGUCCAGCCAGGCAAGGCCAGGCAAGGCCAGGCAAGGCCAGGCAAGGCCAGGCAAGGCCAGGCAAGGCCAGGCCAGGUAAGGCCAGGCCAGGUAAGGCCAGGCCAGGUAAGGCUAGGCCAGGUAAGGCUAGGCCAGGUAAGGCUAGGCAAGGCCAGGCAAGGCAAGGCAAGGCCAGGCAAGGCCAGGCAAGGCAAGGCUAGGCAAGGACCACUGUGUGUGUUGAUGUUAUUGUAAAAUACUAAAUGAGUUAUGGAGCAGAGUUACUAUUAUCAGCCCAAAGUUAAAUAGUUUCCUAUAACAUCAUGCCCCAAGAUUUAUUCCUCUUAAAUACCACAGCAAUUUAUCAACUAUUACAAUGUCAUACUUUUAUCACUUUGUAGUUACAUUCAUUCUUGAGGAAUAUCCGCAAAACAAGUUAGUUCCUUUAUCAACUAUAAACACUGGGUUCUCAGGUUUUCUUCCACUUCCGGAACCCAUGCCGGCACUUUACACCACACGUGUUCCUGUUUUGAUUGUGAUAUUAUUAAUUAUAUGGAGAAGGAGUCUGGGAAGGGCUGGAGUAGCUGCAGCUUUUCAUUACAGCUAAAUUGGAUUCGCGCUUAAUAGCUGAUUGGAGACCAAGAUUAUUAAACUGAUUAUAAAAGUGGACUCAGGUGUGACUCCUGUGUGGUUGGGAUGAAAGCACACAGCCACGCCGGUGCUUUCUGGAUAAGACUGAAGACCCAGAGGAGUAGUGUAACUUGCACCAGGAUACAUGAUGAGUUCCUCACGGCUCCAGGGAACAAAGUGUCCUUGUCCUUUGUCCUUCUGUCACAUUAUCCAUCACUGAACCGUACCGAGAGGAACAUAGCAGCAUCAAUAUACUUAGCAAAGGGUUUAUUUAAACAUCCCCACACUGUUAUUUCUCCGUCUCGGUGCUGAUCAGUAUAAACAUAGCUCAGGUCUGAUGUCAGGAGUGGAAAUAAGAGACGGAGGAAACGAGACGCCACUAACAUCAGCUUUCUGGGCCAGAUUUACACACACCAGGAAGUUCAGUGAUCACAAAACCUGUAAAAGAUCAAGUGUUAAUGUUGUGCUUACACCAGUUACAACAAGGGAAGUGUGUGUGUGUGUGUGAGAGAGAGAUUUAGAAGAAUAAUAAUACACUUGUUUUGGCGCUGAAUCUGUAAUUAGGACAUCAGGAGACUCGACUUGUCUAUUAUUAGUAUUUCCAUUUGUGCCGCUGAACGAGAAGAGAACUGAUAAAAAGAUUCACAGUUUUCUGACCACACUGUAACACUCCUGAUCAAAAAUAAAUCUAAAUUCAUAAAAAAGUCAGUAGGAAGCCUCAGUAGAGAACUGUUUUCAGAGUUUAGAUAUCAGUUUUUUCUAAAGUUCACGCUUUUCUUGAUUUACAAUAUAUACAAAAAAUUCUUUCUCAGUUUACAAUAUUAUCGCAGUUUUGUCGCAGAAAAUUAAACUGCUAAAAACAUAUCCGUCGGUCAGUGAUGCUUGUUUAACGCUUAAUUUUUAAAAAAAAUUAUUCUGUUAUGCAUGUCUCACAAUAUCGAUAUUUAUGCACAUCGAAUAGUACAGUAUUUCCAAAAAUUCUGUAAAGUUGAUUCGUGACGGUCUGAUAUUAAAAGCGCUAAAUAAAUAAAUACAGUUAAAGCUGAAUUGAAUAUAUUUAUAUUCACUUUGAUUGCUAGGCUUAAAAAGGCGUACUUUAUUUUUUUAAUAAUAAAUUCAGUAUUUGCUGUUUAGCAUUUGUCCUUUAAUGGUAAAAAUAGUUAAACAUUUUUACACCCCUUUUCUAAUAAAGAUUAAGUAUUGACUAUUAAUCUUAACAAUAUAUAUAUAUAUUAUGUUGCGUUUCCGGAUCAUAUUUAUUGUCUGUGAUAUGGUUAAAGUAUUUUAAUGACCUCUGAUGGGUCAUGGCAUUAAUAAUUGAUAACAGAUCAGUGGAAAUGCUAAAGCUAAGUGUAGGUGAAGUCGCAUGCGUGUUAAUAAUUCAGUGAGGACGUCUGGGGCUGAAGAAAAAUAGAGCGUUCUUCAUUUCUUCUCGUUUGGGUCUUUUUGGAUUUCAUGAUUGAUAAUAAUGCAAAAAAAAAUUCUUGUGCUAACUUUAGGCUUGUGACAUCAUCAUGUGAAAUAAACCAUCGUCCAAUCAUGUAUCGUCUAAUCUCUGAUUGGUGAUAGGCUCGUGACUUUUGUUACUUGCUAAAAGAGUAAAGUUCUCAACUUCAUUGUCCUCGUAGAUGUUUACGUUUUGUAAUGUAAACAAACAAACAAAUAAACAAACAAACAAACAAAACCCCCAAACGAUUUGUUUGUUAUUGGUCGGACGUUUCUCUGAUGCACAGCCUGCAGGUUUGAAAUAACGCAACAUCUCUCAGUCCUCAUUGGACGAGCUCUCGCUGUGGAAUUGCUGUUGCUAUGGUUACCACAUCUGUGGUCUUCUGUGCUUUUUCUAGGGGAAGCGCAGAGAGAUUUAUCUCCUGCCAUGUAAAAGGACAAGUUUUCCUGCAUUUGAAAUAGAUUUAUUAAUCGCGGUGAUCCGUCAGGCCUACCGUCAGCUACCGGUAAUUUAUCAUUCAGUUACAUUUAAAAUCUCAGAAAUUUUCAGCAUGUGGGACUCCACAUUACGUCAUGUAGUGUCCUGGGGAACAAAACUGAACCUCUUCAACCUAAAUUACGUGUCUGUAACUACUGCAUGACACGGACAUGAAAUAAAACAUGUACUAAACAUCAAAACUUGUUAUUUAAAGCAUGAUUCAAUUAUAAUUUCAGUUAUUUCAUACCGUAUAUUAACAUCUUUACUUCUUUGUGGUAUUAUUUUACUAAGACAGUUUGAACAGUUUUUUUUUUUAAUUCAGUAAGGUUUCAGGAGCAGCUUUCUGCCACUAGAUGGCACUACAGGUAUUAAACAUUUAAAUUUACCACAUGACUAGCAAACAGAGGAGUGUGUGUUAAUCAUUUAUUCUAAUCAGAGUGUUUAGAGAUGAUGUUCUGUUUGUUUUAAGCUUGGAGAAAUAAAAUGGAGUUUAUUAGAACGUACAGAAUAAAUGUUAGAGCGGUAUCGGUGUAAAGUCUUAAAAGACGACGGGGGG